ACAAUUUAUCAACCUUGAUUAAAGUGUGACAGAAACUGAUUUGCAUAUUAUGAAAAACCAUCUAAGGGUGGAGUCUUUUUAAUCGUAAAUAGAUUUAAAAGCAAUGGUAAUUAGGAAACGUAAGAAACAUAACUGUGGAGUGAUUUGGUUUUAAUUUGUUUGCUGCACUUUACUGCACCGAGGUGAAUUUAGGAGAUCCAAUGAUUAUUUACUUCCUGGUCACGAUAAAACAGAACACAGAUAAAUGCAGCGCUACUCAUAGAGUCCAGUGAUGGCAGAAGAAGAGAUGGAGGAGAUAGAGGUACAGCAGCGGUACAAGUUUGACAUUUCCCAGGAGUUGGUCCUGCCAGAGUUCUACAACCAGCACAAGAAUAACCUACCAAUGCUGAUAGUGGUCAGUGGGGGUUAUUACGGUCAGACAAAGUAUGAUGACAUGUCCACAGACCAGGUCAUGAGGUUCCACUGCUGCCAUUCAGUUCGUCGAGUUUUGGCGCGGGAACCGACAGAGGCUAGUGACAUCAAACUGGACUACCUGAGUAUACCUGUAAACGGCGACUACUUGUAUCAGCUGGUCAAAACCAGGACACAGAAGAGUGAGCCAAUGACGAUGAAUGAGAUUUUAGAGAAGAGAGAACUUCCUGUGUUGAUUCAGUUCUCAACCGACAAGAUAGUACCUGACGAAGGCAAAAACAGAGAUGGAAGCCCGGCUUCCUUCCUGAUAAUAGCAACAUAUGAAGAACAUUUUAUCCAAGGCAACUACUUACUGAAUGGCAAAAUGUCCAAGGAUACCGCUGCAGUCUCACUGAGUCCAAUGAUCACAGUCACCCCUGUCUCCGGUUUUGUUGACAAACCACAGGAAGAAUUCGAUACAUACCUCAAAGAUCUGGACGACUUCGUGGCCAAAAAUUGUACAUACCCAGAGAGGAACUGUGAUCUAAGAAUAAAGAAAUAUAACAUUCUUGACCCUGAAAUAAAAGAAGUUGUUCGGAGCGACGCCAUUUUUCCUACCGGUAUCUAUGGAGACACGGGCGAUCGACUUCCGCCUCCGCCUGUUCCUGCACGCGGGAAAUCUCUGAGGAAAAAAGAGGAAACUGCUGGCAAUGAAGAUGAUCUAUAUGAGCAUUACGUGAAAAUCAAAGAUGUUCAUCGAACAAAGAAUGAUCAGUACACAAAAAUGGAAGGACUACAGAACACGUCGUCUGCCUCCGAUUCCUCACCCCAGAGUUCGAACAGCGCGGCGCUGAUAAGGUUCAAUCACGCCAAUCUGUCUGUCAAGGACGUUGGCGACAUCCUGAAGAAACUCAAACUCGGCAAGUUUGUCAAGAAGUUCAAAUCUGAAAUGAUUGACGGGGAAAUCCUGACAGACCUUACACGGAAUAUCCUCAUCAACGAGUUCAAUUUCUCCCACAUAGAAGCCAUCAGACUAGAAAAGUUCAUCGCGUCAGGACAUGUCCCAGCCUAAAACAACAACAACAAAACCCAACAACUUCUGUUCAAAAUGUUAUAGAGAUCAAGUGACCAAAUGAAAUGGGGUUACGUACUUGAUGUCAAAUAUUUUGUACUUUAGAUAUUCUUGCGCUUUGUGUGUUCAAUAGAAAGAUAUUAACUUUGUCUGGAUAUUUAGAUAUUUCCUAGUAAGUUCACUAUAUGAUAAUACAUGUGUCUGACUGACUGCUACCGUGUUGUAGCUGUACUCAUAAUUUGCAACAUUUAUUGUGAUAAAAUUUGCAUAUUUGAAUAAUCCAGUACGGAAAGCUGACUGGAUCAAUAAUUCUUAAUCUAUGCAUGAAGAUUGAAAUUUCACACUCCUUCAAUCUUUUUAAUUUGAUCGUUUUCGUAUAUUACUCGCAGAUGUACGAUUGUGGUCUAGCUGCUAUAGGUUUGCCCUCUUAAAUUAAUCGACGCUUUCUUACGCUGAACGAAUAUAUCUGCGAGCAUUUUUGGUAAAGCUAGACCCUGACAUUAAUGCAAGGAUAGGAUAAAAUAUAUAUUUGAAUAAUUUUAGAGUGUUUGUAUUGCUAGAUCCGUUACAUUUGAUUUGAUAUAUUCGUUUCCCGUACUUUCCGGCUAUAUGGAAUUAUGCAGAAAAUGAAACAGUUCCUAAACUUUCCAUUUGAUUUUACGCGAAAACUAAUUCAGAUACGUGUAUUCAGCAUCUUUACUUUUCAUGAACUUUUUCUAUUUAGUCAAGUUGAGAUAGGCAUAUAUUUAAAGAUAACUGGGAAGUUAUUGUGCGCACUUUCCAGAUAUGUAUCACAAAGCAAUGGACAGACGUUGUAUCUGGCAUAUCCGUACCAUCUGUGGUUCUUCAGAACAGUAAUCACAAAAAUAUUAAUGAGUAAAAAUAAAUAUACAAGAACCUGGAACCAAAACAUAAUUAAGCCCCCAGACCCCCCCUCCCCAAUUCAUUGUAAAUCUGAUAAGUUUUAAGGCUAUUGCUGGUGUGCUUUAAUACUUUCGCACAUUCAAAAUUGCAAACUCUUUUUUUGGCCAUUUUGAUGACUUGUUGUUUUUGUGUGAUGUUUCAAAAAACAUUUUCCGUAAUCAUUUUAUUGUAGCAACUACUUAUUCAUUACUGCGUUAACUAGAUAUCUAUUCAAAAUGAUAUUUUCUUGGAGGGUUUCCUAUUGUUGAUUAUCUGUAAAAGUCAUCUUUGUUCGGGGCUUAUAUCACAGUAAAAUACAAACUUUUCUACAAUUACUAGUUUUGGAUUUAUUUAGAUUCAACAUAUAAAUGUUUCGUAUAUUUUCUCACAUUUUAAUGUUCACCAAUUCAUCUGUUCAAUAGGCGAAUGACAUUUUGCUGACACUACGUUUAAUUUGUAAUUACGAAAGAGACAGUGUAUUGUGUCUCACAUAAAAGAACAUUGUCAGGGUCAGGGUUAAUCCUGAUCGUACUAUCAUCUUUUUUUUAUCACCAGGACACCAAAGAGUCACUGAGUUUAUUACUCUUUGCCUGUGACAAUUUCAAUCGGUUACUAUAUGUAAACACCUGUAAUUUUUGCCCAAUGUUUGGAAUCUUCUAUGGUCAAGCAUAAUUGUCGAUUUUUGUUCGUAGUACGUAAGCCAGCCUCAGCCACUCACCCAGAGUCUGAGCUCGGAGGUAUAUCUCAGCCUUAUCCGACCUGAUUGUAAGAUGUUCUUUGUUGAAUCAUGUAUAAUGUUGCUGAGACUUGACCAAUAAAUACGGAAUUAAGUGGACUUUCGAGAAU